CAAGAUUCUGGACUUUUUAACUUGCUAGUUCUUUUUUCACUCACUGGGCGACACAUUCGAAGUUGCGCUCUUGUUCACUUCGUUCCAUCCGCCACCUGCCGUAUUCCUGUGCUUCCGGCCGCCGCACAACUGGAAUCGCGCCGCUCUACAUUCGCCGGCCAUGUCUUCACAGUCGCUUCAUUUCUUCACUCCUUCCUCAACUGCCUGCCCGAACAUCACCUUCCCCAAGCCUUCACUUCCGGCUCCCAACCGCCGCUUGGCGUUUGCUUCCUCUCCCAGGACAUUUUCGAUUAGAGCCGUUUCGGAGUCUUCAGAUCCCAAUCCGGCACCGCCGCCAGUCGUUGUUGCCGAUAAUGGAGCGGGAAGUAGGGUUGUGGCGGCGGCGGAUUCCAGCUCAAUCGAGGUGGAUAAGGUCACGGAGGCGGAAUUGAAGGAGAAUGGGUUCAGGAGCAGUAGGAGGACGAAGCUGGUAUGCACGAUCGGGCCGGCUACGUGCGGUUCCGAGCAGCUGGAGGCGUUGGCCGUGGGUGGAAUGAACGUGGCGAGGAUCAAUAUGUGCCACGGCACCAGGGAGUGGCAUAAGCGGGUGAUUGAGCGCGUUCGGAGGUUGAACGAAGUGAAGGGAUACGCGGUUGCGAUUAUGAUGGACACUGAAGGGAGUGAGAUUCACAUGGGGGAUCUCGGCGGUGCUCCAUCCGCCAAAGCUGAGGAUGGUGAAGUAUGGACAUUCAGCGUAAGAGCCUAUGAUGCGAAUCGCCCAGAGCGAACCAUAACUGUAAAUUAUGAUGGUUUUGCUGAAGAUGUGAAAGUUGGGGAUGAGCUACUUGUGGAUGGUGGAAUGGUUCGGUUUGAGGUGAUUGAAAAAAUUGGUCCUGAUGUCAAAUGUAUGUGCACUGAUCCCGGGUUGUUGCUGCCCCGGGCUAACUUGACUUUCUGGAGGGAUGGAAGUUUGGUACGAGAACGUAACGCAAUGCUUCCUACGAUUUCCUCCAAGGACUGGUUGGACAUUGAUUUUGGAAUUGCAGAGUCUGUUGAUUUCAUUGCAGUAUCAUUUGUGAAGUCAGCUGAAGUGAUAAACCAUCUUAAGAGCUACAUAGCUGCACGCUCUCGUGAUAACAGUGACAUAUCAGUCAUAGCAAAAAUAGAGAGUAUUGAUUCAUUGAAGAACUUGGAAGAGAUCAUUCAAGCAUCAGAUGGAGCUAUGGUAGCAAGAGGAGAUCUGGGUGCUCAGAUACCAUUGGAACAGGUACCAGCCGCACAGCAAAGGAUUGUCCAGGUGUGCAGGCAACUGAAUAAACCAGUCAUUGUUGCAUCUCAAUUGCUUGAAUCUAUGAUCGAGUAUCCUACACCAACAAGAGCGGAGGUUGCUGAUGUCUCUGAAGCAGUUAGGCAAAGGUCGGAUGCGUUGAUGCUCUCUGGUGAAUCUGCUAUGGGUCAAUUCCCAGACAAGGCAUUGACUGUUCUUAGGAGUGUGAGUGUGAGAAUUGAGAAGUGGUGGAGAGAUGGGAAACACCAUGAAGCUAUGGAACUGCCUGCUGUUGGUUCAUCAUUUUCUGACCGUAUUUCAGAAGAGAUUUGCACAUCUGCUGCCAAGAUGGCAAACAACUUGGAGGUAGAUGCCCUUUUCGUCUACACAAAGACCGGACACAUGGCAUCUCUCUUGUCACGCUGCCGACCUGAUUGCCCAAUCUUUGCCUUCACGACGUCGACAUCCGUACGAAGGAGGCUGAACCUUCAGUGGGGGCUGAUACCUUUCCGCCUGGGGUUUUCCGACGACAUGGAAAGCAAUCUCAACAGAACCUUCUCCUUGCUCAAGGCCAGAGGAAUGAUCAAAUCUGGCGACCUUGUUAUUGCCGUCUCAGACAUGCUGCAGUCCAUCCAAGUCAUGAAUGUGCCUUAAAUACCAGAAAGACAGAAAGGCUCAACUCCAGACUGCAACGGCCACCACAACUUGCAGUCAUGAAUGUCCCCCUAUUAUCGCUAAUCUGGUCAUUGCUAGUAACAAGAGAGAUUCAAGGCAAUGCUGAUCAUCCGCAAUAAGGUUGCUCUCCCUCUUAUAUAUAUGUAUACCAUUUCCGGCUGUUUUCUGUGUUUUCGACAAGGUCUUGUUUCGAUGUUGUAGCGAAUGAUUAGGCUAGGCAGAACUGUAACUUAGCCAAAAAGACCUGGGGCCGGGGCGUGACUGGUUUUCCAUGUUUGGCAAACGCUGGUUAAUGCACUCAAAGCACCCGUUCUAGAAAUCUCUUCCCACGAGGCGACUUCAUAUAUAUGCUUAUGUAACAGGUCUCUGAUUGUGAGUGAAAGCAAGAACAAUCAUGGUGACGAAUGGUGAUGGAAGCGAGGGCAUCUUAUUCUUGUAGCCAUGGAUGAUUAUUUUUUUACAGCAGUAGUAGUAGUUGUUGUAGCAGGGAGUUCACGAGGAGUACUUUCUUUUACGCCAUCUUGGCUUGGUUUUUGUACUGACUGUAACAGGAGAGUUGUGGGGUGAAAACGAAAGGAACUGUCGGCUUGCUUCGUGGAGGAAAGGAAAACUAUUUUCACUCUUGUACUGCUGUUUUAUAUUCUGUCCCCUCUACAGCAUAGAGUGGUGGGUGCAUCGGCGUGCGUAUUGAACAGUAUCUCUGUGGCCAAGAUUUUGAUGGGGGUGAGGUACUGGAACAUCCUUGAUAACAAUGGUUGAAAAUGUCACUUUCUGUUUCAUUUUCAUGGAUUUUCCUCUGUCCGGAAGGCAGUGGCAUGAGGGAGGGAGGGAAGUGCCAGUGCUCUGGAGAUCAAGAAGGGACUCUCAACUUUAACUUGGUGGCUACUGCAGUGCAGGGGCUCUCAAGCACCACUAUCUCAUAAUAUUUACUUCAAAUUUUAUAUACUAAAAGUGUAUUUGUGUUCUAAAUUAUUCAAUAUGACAAAUUUGAC